GGAUCGCGGCGACCUCGCCCCCCUUCCCUCCGCGGCGGGGAGCCCAGCUCUCCUGCGCCCCCUGCUGUCCACCCUGCCUCGCCGCCGGCCUCCCCCUUCCAUCUCCCCCCACUCCUCCUCCAUCCUCCAGUCCAAGAUGGCGGCGGCGGCGGCGGCGGCGACGGCUCCUCCGGGCUGCCCCGGUUCGUGCCCCAACUUCGCCGUGGUUUGCUCCUUCUUGGAGCGAUACGGGCCACUGCUCGAUCUGCCCGAGUUGCCCUUUCCGGAGCUGGAACGGGUGCUGCAGGCGCCCACUCCCGACGCCGGCGACAGUGAGGUACCAAAAGAAUUGGUGGAGCUCCAUUUGAAACUGAUGAGGAAGAUUGGUAAAUCUGUAACAGCAGACAGAUGGGAAAAAUAUUUGAUUAAGAUGUGCCAAGAGUUCAAUAGCACUUGGGCAUGGGAGAUGGAGAAGAAGGGCUAUCUUGAAAUGAGUGUCGAAUGCAAAUUGGGACUUUUAAAGUACCUCUGUGAAUGUCAGUUUGAUGACAAUCUGAAGUUUAAGAACAUUAUUAAUGAGGAGGAUGCUGAUGCCAUGCGCCUCCAGCCAAUUGGUCGAGACAAAGAUGGUCUCAUGUAUUGGUACCAGCUGGAUCAAGAUCAUAAUGUCAGAAUGUACAUAGAAGAACAAGAUGAUCAAGAUGGGUCUUCAUGGAAAUGCAUUGUCAGAAAUAGAAAUGAACUGGCCGAGACUCUGGAACUCCUGAAAGCUCAAAUAGAUCCUGCACUUUUGAAAAACCCUAGCCAACAGGAUGCCUCCUCCCGAGAAAGCCCCAACCUAGAGGAAGAAGAAACUAAAAAAGGUGGAGAAACAACUAAACAAGAGGAGGAAUUAAAAUUGAAAGAUGAGAAGGUGAAAGUGGAGGAACCACCAAAAGAAUCAGAAACUCUUCCUGUCCCCACUGCUGUAGAAGAGAAUCCUGUGAAAAUUGAGAAACCAGAAGAAAAGGAACUUGUGAAAACGCCUGUCAUAGUGAAGCUAGAGAAACCUUCAUUAGAGAAUGAGGAGAAAAAGAUCUCCAAAGAAGAAAGUGAUUCUUUCAAGGAGAAUGUUAAACCAGUUAAAGUGGAGGUAAAGGAAUGCAAAGUGGAACCAAAAGAUGUUAAAAGUAGCACAGAGAAAAUGACUAUUCAUGAACCCGAACGAUUAGAGAUUGGCAUUAAGCCUCUUCCAGAAAUUAUGGAGAAGUCAACAGAAGAAACUGAAAAAUUAAAAAAUGACCAGCAAGCAAAGAUACCCUUGAAAAAACGUGAGAUUAAAUUGACUGAUGAUUUUGACAGCCCAGUCAAGGGACCUUUGUGUAAAUCAGUGACUCCAACAAAAGAUGCUUUGAAAGAGGAGGUGAAACCUGAGGAAGAGAUUUGUAAGCGAAUUCCCACAAUCAUGGCUCUGUGUCCUGAGGGGAAACAGCUAGUCAAUGGAGAAGUUAGUAGUGCAAGGAAUAAGACAGAGCAACUAGAUACCAAGCUCUUUAGUCUAAAAGAAGGGGGUAGUCACCCAUCCAAGGAGAAAAAUGGCUUGGUGGUGGACAAUGGGGCAGAAUCCUUGAUGGCUCUAAAUAAGAGCAUGAAAACAAGUGAAUCUGGGAAAGAUGGAGAGGGCCCUACUCAGAGAGGGCAAGGAGUAGAAGAACCUGGUCCUCCAGAAACAGAAAAAACUGUUGAAGAUACUUCUGAGAUGGCAGAAGAUCUUUCUUUGAAAACAGCUUUUUCCACCACUGAAGCCUGUGCCAAGAAAGUUGAAGAGAAAUCCUCAGCCAAAAAUAAGAAGGACAAACGGCCUCCACUCCUAGAAUGUCUAGAAAAGUUAGAGAAGUCUAAGAAGACCAUUCUUGAGAAGGACACAUCAAAACUGAGUCCCAUACCUGAAGAGAUUGCAAAGAGCAUUGUAGAUCCAGAGAAGACACCAUGCUCUCCAGGGGCGGCAGAGAUCUCUCUAACUUCUGCUACCCCUGAUUAUCAGGAGAAGGCAACCUCUGAAAAAGAUGGGUCAGAUUCCAAAAAUACAAAGCCCAGUGAUAAUAGCCAUUCCCCAGAGAAAAUGGACUCUGAGGUCCUCAAGGAGGAAGUGGAACUUGCCAAGGCUGGAGUUGAUAAAUUAGACAGUAGCCAGCCUUCUAAAAUAGAAGACCCUUCAGAAACCAAGAAGGGAGCCACCACACAAAAAAGUAAACUUAAAUAUAAAUUGGUUCCUGAGGAAGAAAACACUGAAACAGAAAAUAAGGAAAUAACAUCUGAAAGGCAGAAAGAAGGCAUUAAACUAACAAUCAGGAUAUCUAACAGGAAGAAAAAGCCUGACUCUCCUCCAAAGGUUCUGAAUACAGAAGUAAAGGAAGAGACAGAAAAGGAAGAAGAGAAAGUAACUCCUGCUCGAACUUUAAGAAGGUCGCCAAGAAUAUCUAGACCCACAGCAAAAGUGGCUGAGAUAAGAGAUCAAAAAGCUGAUAAAAAACGAGAGGAGGAAGAGAAAGAAGACUCAACACCUGUUCAAAAACAGGACAAAAAGGAGAACUCGAGGAAGCCUGACAAGGAUGGGAAUUCUAAAGUCAACAAGAUGAAAUCCAAGAGUAAAGUCCGGUGGACGGGUUCUCGAACACGUGGUCGAUGGAAAUAUUCUAGCAAUGAUGAAAGUGAAGAAUCUGAGAGUGAAAAAUCAUCUGCAGAGUCAGAGGAGGAGGAAGAAAAGGAAACUGAGGAAGCUGUGCCAGCAGAUGAUGAUGAACCAUGCAAGAAAUGUGGCCUUCCCAAUCAUCCCGAACUAAUUCUUUUGUGUGACUCAUGUGACAGUGGAUACCAUACAGCUUGCCUCCGACCGCCUUUGAUGAUAAUUCCUGAUGGAGAGUGGUUUUGUCCUCCAUGCCAACAUAAACUUCUCUGUGAGAAGCUAGAGGAGCAAUUGCAGGAUUUGGAUGUUGCCUUGAAAAAGAAGGAGCGUGCUGAACGAAGGAAAGAGCGAUUGGUAUAUGUGGGUAUCAGUAUUGAAAACAUCAUCCCUCCACAGGAACCAGAAUUAGCAGAUGAUCAUGAAGAAAAGAAGAAAGAUUCCAAAAAAUCUAAACCACACUUUCUUGAAAGGAGGUCAACAAGAACAAGGAAGUGUAUAAGUUAUAGAUUUGAUGAAUUCGAUGAGGCAAUUGAUGAAGCAAUUGAAGAUGAUAUCAAAGAAGCUGAUGGAGGAGGAAUUGGCAGAGGAAAAGAUAUUUCCACCAUUACAGGUCACCGAGGGAAAGAUAUCUCAACCAUCUUAGAAGAAGAAAGGAAAGAAAGUAAACGGCCACAGCGGGCUGCGGCUGCCCGACGAAAGAAACGGCGGCGGCUGAAUGACCUUGAUAGUGACAGCAACCUGGAUGAAGAGGAGAGUGAGGAUGAAUUCAAGAUCAGCGAUGGAUCUCAGGAUGAAUUUGUUGUGUCAGAAGAAAAUCCAGAUGAGAGUGAAGAAGAACAGCCCUCAAAUGAUGACAGUGACACAGAAUUCUGUGCCCGAAGACCCCGGCGACACCACCCCAAGCCAAUGAGGCAGAGCAGGCGUUUGAGAAGAAAGACAGUGAAAAAAAAAUACUCUGAUGAUGAUGAAGAAGAAGACUCUGAGGAGAAUAGUAGAGCAUCUGAGAGUGAUUAUAGUGAUUACAGUGAAGAUUACCUGGAAACUAGACGGAGAAGGUCAAGAAGGAACCAGAAAAGACAAGUUAAUUAUAAAGAGGACUCAGAAAGCGAUGGUUCCCAGAAGAGCUUCAGAUAUGGGAAAGAGAUGAGACGAGUCCACAGACGAAGGCUUUCCAGCUCAGAUAGUGAAGAGAGCUACAUGUCCAAGAAUUCCGAUGAUGAUGAGCCCGCCAAGGAAUCUCAAAGGUCGGUUCGGAAGCGAGGUCGAAAUGCAAAUGAGUGUUCAGAAGCAGAAGCAGAGGAGGAGGAAGAGGAAGAGGAAGAAGAGGAGGAAGGCCGACCUGCGAGAAAGCGACUACACCGGAUUGAGACAGAUGAGGAGGAAAACGGUGAGAAUGCUGAUGAUAAUGUGGAGCAGCGUGCAGCAGCCGGCAAGCACGCGGCGUCACAUGGGCAGCACGAUCAUGCCAGGAAGCCUUAUAGGAUAGACAGUGAUGAGGAAGAGGACUUUGAAAAUGUGGGGAAAGUAGAAAGCCCCUUGGACUAUAGCUUAGUGGACUUGCCUUCUGCCAAUGGACAGAGCCCUGGCAAGGCUAUCGAGAACUUAAUUGGCAAACCAUCUGAAAAACCUCAAGCCCCCAAGGACAGCACAGCCAAUGCCAGCCUAGCACCCAAUGGGACAGGUGGUGGGCAAGAGGCAGGAGCACCAGAAGAAGAAGAGGAUGAACUUUUAAGAGUGACUGACCUUGUUGAUUAUGUCUGUAACAGUGAACAGUUAUAAGACUUUUUUUCCAUUUUUGUGCUAAUUUAUUCCACGGUAGCUCUAACACCAGCGGGCCAGUUACUGAAAGCUGUUUUAUUUUUCCUAGAAAACUCUCCACUACAGGAUCACUUUUUAGAAGCAAAAAUUUCACCAGUCCCUGCAGUCUCUCUGUAAAGUGACCAGUUUUGAACUUUGAAGAUAAAUAAUUGCUGUAAAUUCCCUUUGAUGAUUUUUUGGUUGUUUUUUUGUUUUUUGGUGGGUUUUUUUGGUCUUUUUUCCCCCUAAGUUCAUGGUCCUUGGUAAUUUCAUUCAUGGAAGAAACACACACACAAACCCAUAUUCUAAUAACAACAAAAGAUUUGUAUAUUUUUGACUUUAUAGUUUCUGAGCUCUCCUGACCUUGUGAUAAAGGAUGGAUAAGAAUGCAUUCCAAAUCUGCCAGGGCCCAAAAUGGAAUUUGGGGGUGGGAGAAAGCACUUGUGCUUUACUGUUUUCAUAUUAAAUAUAUAUACAUAUAUUAUAUUUAAACAUUCAUAACAGAUUACGAUUAACAGACAGUUUAAAAGUAUAUGUCUGUAUUAUCGCAUUUUGUGAAUUGUAGAUAACAUCAUACCAUAGCUCAUUUAGUAGCAACCUUCAUGAAAUCAACUUGUUUAAUACUGGAGAUAACCACACUUAAUGAAGAGACCAAGAACGUAUUGUUAGUAAGAGCUCUAAUUUAAGUAUGUGUUACAAUGGAGUUUUCUUUAAAAAAAAAUCAUCUGAAAAGCAUUUGUACCAUGAAGCAUAGUAUAAUGAAGCUUGGACAGCCAAAUUGUGCUAGCAGCAAAUUUUGUAAAAUGGCUUUGUGUGUAUUUGAUCAGAUCAUCCCCACUGUACCACGUCUUGAUGGAAACUAUCAGUGUGAUGAUUGUACAUAUCUGGUCAGUAUGAUGAAAAAGAAGGUGUAACCAUUACAAAUAGCAGAAGUAUUAUUUUAGCAACUGACCAUUAAAUGUUUAAACAUUUGAAAGGUCAUUUUGAGAUAUAUAUAUAUCUAUAUAGAUAUAGAUAUAUACAUAUACCAUACAUCAAGAGACGUCGAGCUAACAAUGGGAUUUUAGCACAUUUGAUGAUGGGAGUGGGUUUUCAAGUGACUCCUAACCAAUCUAUUCUUGCCCUUAGUAUCUGCUUCAAAUUGAAGUCUACAAACCGAGCAGUUCCUUUGAAAGGUUUUUAGUUUGAGUUUGUAAGUGUUUGUGUGUGGGGGUUGGGGGGGGCGGGGGGGGGGUGCUGUGAGAGAGAGAGAGAGAGAGAGGAUGUGGGUGCUUGUGUGCGCGCAUGCGCAUGUGUGCAUGUUUUGGAAUUAUCUGCCUGGAUAUAUUAGCAGGUUUUAAAUGUUUUUGCCUUUGGCCAUUAGAACUUUAUUCCAAUUUAUACUACUCACAUGACCAACCUAAGAAGAAGGAAAGCAGCCAGUGUGUCUCCUACGUUUGGGUAUAGCAUCUGCUUAAAUACCUUGACACUCUUAAGACAAAAUGAUGCCUGUCAUUUUAAGCAGGGAGGUGGGGAAUUGAAGUGGACAGUCGAGCACCUGGUUGACCCCUUAACCAUGGUCCUCAUUUUAUUCAGCCUCUCUAUUGUCCUAUGAAGUUUGAGGUAGGAGCCCUAACAUUUGGACAACGCAUAGCCUUUAUGAUAAACCUUCCAUGUGUCCUUUUGAAACUAUAGAUGGUCACUUCUGGUCAGCCCUUUUUUGCAGUGGGAUUUAGAUUGUUUUUUUCCUCCUUUUCUAUCCAUUGCUGGCAAUGGAUGCAUGUUACCUGCUAAUGGCACCAAGGGGUCACGUCCUAUUUCCUCUCCAAAUUAAACCUUUUGUGUGCUAGUCAAUCCAUAAUUAAGCACUUCUUUUAAAAAUUUUCUUUUUAAAAGCUGGCACUAGAACUACAUAUAAAUACCUCUCUAGAAAACUUUGCCUGCCUUCCCUUUGUGUCUCUCCCCAAUUUAAUCUGCAGACUUAACUUUUGGCCUUGAAAGUUUAUAGCUGGGUUUUUUUUGUUUGUUUGUUUGUUUUUGUUUUGGGGGGUUUUUGUUGUUUUGUUUUUUUUUUUGACUGAUGUUGGUUCUUUACUGUUUUAUUCUAUUUCACUUUAGUUCUGUAGUUCACCUGUCCAUUAAUAUUUUUGUUGAAUUCUAGCAAUGUAUAUUUUGUCUGUUUUAAAAAUAAAAUAAAAUAAUCAAAGGCAGCCUAAAAUUAGGAUGCACCAAUAGUAUGCUGUGUUAAGAUUAAAUUGUGACUUUUUAUU